AAUUGAGCUGUAAAUAUCGUAAUGGAGCUUGGCUUCAGACUCAGACUCUAUGGUUGACUCAACAGCAGUCUUGGUUGCCUGGUGACGAAGAAGCGGCGGAUAUUAUCAUUCUGUUACUUUGUAAAGUAGAGGCCUUCUCCUUGCUGCAAAUAUGCAAUGAGUGAAGAUUUUAUUAUCUCUCAAAAUGAGCACUUAUUCCCUAAUGGAGACAGAGGAUUAAAUAAACAACUUCAUGAAACAAGAUGGAGAAUUACUCUUUCAUCAGAGUGGUCGGAAAAGGGAGCUACGGAGAGGUGAACCUGGUCAAACACAGAACAGAAGGAAAGCAGUAUGUCAUAAAGAAGUUGAAUCUCUGUACCUCUUCCAAGCGAGAGCGGAAGGCUGCAGAGCAGGAGGCCCAGCUCUUGUCCCAGCUGAAGCACCCCAACAUAGUGACUUACAGGGAGUCCUGGGAAGGGGAGGACUGCCAGCUGUACAUUGCCAUGGGUUUCUGUGAGGGCGGAGAUCUGUACCACACACUGAAAGAACAGAAAGGCAAGCUCCUUGCAGAGAGCCAGGUUGUCGAGUGGUUUGUCCAGAUCGCCAUGGCAUUACAGUAUUUGCAUGAGAAGCACAUCUUGCAUAGAGAUCUUAAAACCCAGAAUAUCUUCCUGACCAGAACAAAUAUAAUCAAAGUUGGAGACCUGGGAAUAGCACGGGUGCUGGAGAACCAAAAUGACAUGGCAAGCACUCUCAUUGGGACGCCCUAUUACAUGAGUCCUGAACUUUUCUCCAACAAACCCUACAACCAUAAGUCCGAUGUCUGGGCUUUGGGUUGCUGUGCUUAUGAGAUGGCCACAUUGAAGCAUGCUUUCAACGCCAAGGACAUGAACUCUUUAGUUUACCGUAUUGUUGAAGGAAAGUUGCCUCCAAUGCCAAAAGAUUACAAUCCCCUGCUUGGAGAGCUAAUAAGGAGCAUGCUUUCUAAAAAACCUGAAGAUCGACCUGAUGUAAAACACAUUCUGAGACAGCCUUACAUCAAGCGCCAAAUCUCAGUGUUUUUGGAAGCCACAAAGGCGAAAACUGCCAAAUCACGUAAGAAGAUUUUAAAUUCCAGGCCUAAUAACUCUCUUCCUGUGUCAUCAAAUGUGCCUGUAAAACAGGAGAAUGUGUUUCCUCAGAAAACCAGCGAAGCUAACAAGAACAACAAAGGGGAUGAAGAAAAACAUUUGAGAAAAAUUAAGGAAAGUGAUCCUGCCUUGGAAAUACUAUCACCUCCACAUGCCCUUGCUGAAAACAUUCACAGUGGUACAGGAACAUCCUUAGCAACCAUUAGUAAAGUGGAUAUUGAUAUCUGUCCCGAUAUAGAAAGAAAAGACAAGGGGGAUUAUUUGACACAUGAUCAGGAGCAAGGGAGACUCUCGGGUAUCAGUAAUUGUGAAGAUUUAACAGGGUUACCAGUAUCUAAUGGUUCUGAAGCACAGGACUAUCAGUUACAGCAUGGAUCAAAGCUUGUUACCAAAACAAGAACUCAGUUGGGAAAACGGACUGAUAUAGAGGACAUGGGUGACAUGGAUGACACUAUGAAACUUCUUCAUGGCAUCCCCACAAAAAAUACCUUACCUGAGCUUAAGGAGAGUUUAGAUUCUACAGAAAAGCUGCUUGAGCCGUUUGUUCCAGUUCCAGUUCCUGAUGACCCCCCUCAAGAAGCUCCACCACCUCUAGAUAAAGACUGCCCUCGUUUACUGCCUUCCAGUUCAUCCUCUGAACCUUCUGUGUCCCGUCAGCGGAGACAAAGGCACAGGGACAAGGCAGAGGAGAAUGAAGACAGGUUUAAAAUGGUACCUCCCCGACCAUUGCCAUCUCCCCCUCGAAAUGUUAACCAUUUAGCUGUCAAGAAGAACCGCAGUAACCAGGAGAAACAACACAGUGGAAUAUCCAAGUCACUUUGUAACUCUAAAGACAGUGAAACGGCAGCAUCGCAGGAACGACCUCUGUCUGCUAGAGAACGAAGAAGGUUAAAACAGUCUCAAGAGGACUUUUGUUCACAAGCUGUUCCUGAAGCAAGACGGGCAUCUCAUAGUGUAGUCUUGGAUGCAAAGUCAAAGAAUCAGCAUGUUGCAAUCAGCCGGUCAUCAUCAGAUCUUGCUUCUCACAAAGAGAAGCACGUUGGAGCAGCACAGCGCUUGUCUGAUGAGGAUGAAUGCAGCUCAUCCACCAGCUCCACUGACCGGUCUGAAGGAGAGGGCAGAGAAGGAAAGAACGAUUCCAGUGAAAUGCAGGAUCUAGUACAACUGAUGACCCAGACAUUAAAAAUGGAUUCCAGAGAUCCCCAUGAUAUGGGCCCACAUGUGGCUCCCCCACCAAUACCUGAGUUUAAACUGAAUAGGAAAUACAGAGACACACUGAUACUCCAUGGGAAGGCUAAAGAAGAGCAAGAGGAUUUCCAAUUUAGUGAAUUUCCUUCAGAUGAUACUUCUGUAACUGCAAAGAUCAGGAGGACAAUUGAAUCUGUGAGGACUAAUGCAGUAAAGGGACUGGGAGUAAAGCUUUUAGACAAAGUUCUUGAAAUAAUGGAAGAAGAUGAUGAACACAGAAGGGAGCUGUGCCUCCGAGAACACAUGGGGGAACACAAAUACAGGGAAUACGCUGUGAUGGUACGACAGCUCAAAUUCUUUGAAGAUAUUGCAUUGAAAGUGUAACAGCCUCUCAAGAAUACCCUUCAAUGUGCUAGUAAUGGAUGGACAUGUGCCUUUUUGUAUGUUUGUGGCAUUGAUCAAACAGCUGCACUUUGGUGUAAUGCAUGGUUGCAAAACAGAUACAUUUUGUAAAUAUGUAGAGGUUAAUGUCCAAUAUAAUAUUGAAGACAUUUGAAACAUUUUUUCUUCUAUGUGAUAUCCAUUCCAAUGUGAAUACUUUUAUGAAUGUUGUAUGUCAAGAAUAAAAAAGUAGAUCUUUUUUCUGUUCAGCCAGGUUUCCAUUCCAGUGAAACCAAAUUACUGUUUUCUGAUUUUGGAAUUAAGAUAAAUAUUUAUUGUUUUCAUGUUACCGAUUCACUCUUUCUAGCAUUUUAUUCACACUUAACGUAACAGUUACAGUAGAACAUAAGUUUUAAUAGUCAAAGAAAAACAAACCUCAUUAUGUUUAAACUUUCAUAAAUGACUGAACAUACAGUAAUGAUUUAGUGGUAUAUGCUAAACCCAACCCAAACAUGUUAUAAUCUGACCUAUUUAUUUUAUAUUUAGCCAAUUGUACAUGCUUUUCCUGAAAGGAUUAUGAAUGGUCAGAUUUAUAGGAACACAUUUAAUAGUUCAGGUUAGAUGUUGGACUACUGUAUAUAGAUUAAAUUCUGUGCUUUGUUCGGUAUAUUUAGUAGUAAUGUUCCAUAGUGUAACAUUUCAACUGCAUCUUUUGUACUUCACCUGACAUAGUUCACAUCUGUAGCUUGCCAGUGCCACAAUGUAUAAAUACAGUAUGUGUGUGUGUGUAUAUAUAUAUAUAUAUAUAUAUAUAUAUAUAUAUAUAUAUAUAUAUAUAUAUAUAUAUAUAUAUAUACACACACACACACACACAUAUGCCAGUGUUGCAGUCUUUUAGUUACUUUCAUAUACCCUGAUUAGCACUAAUCUUAGCGUACCUAAUCUUACAGCGUCUUGUGAAACCAGUCGUAAAUGUUUGUGUUCUUUUGUUUGAAUAAAAGCUCCUAUUUGUGUGUUUA